UUCCUGAUUUGACUAUUUAAGGGAAGGUACGUGUGGGCACAAGAUGAAACGGAGCUCCAAAUCCAUUUCAUUGAAUUGAUUUCUUUCUUGGGCACAAGAAAACUUCCCAUAAAACUUGUCUUCAAUUCAUCCACGAAUCCUUCAUUUCUUCUACAAGAAAAAAACUUAACAUCACCUGAUUUUAUCAAUCUCAUAUUCAUAUUCUGUAGAUGACACAUUUAUAGAUAUGUUGUCAUCGUCAUCGAGUUCGAUGAUUCGUCGUGUUGUUCCAUUUCUCACCACCCGGAUUCGUCAAAAUUACCGCCUUUUAAAUUCCUCUGCUUCUUCUGCUCUAUCCCAAUCCCAAUCUCAAUCUCAAUCGCAAGUCGAAGCUCUUGAUUCCGUUGUAAUGACGGAAAACUGCGUUCGGCGGAUAAAAGAGUUGCAGACUGGCGAACAUAAAGAGAAGAUGCUUCGCUUGAGUGUUGAAGCUGGUGGUUGUUCUGGGUUUCAA